AGGAAAAUGUGUUGGUUUUGUUGGUAGAGGAGGUGUUUGUUGCAUGGUGCCAACGAUUGGGGUCUCCCAAAUCUCACCCUUCAUAUUCAUGUUACGAGCUUGGUUGGUUCCCCAAACUCUACCCACCGAAAUCACAGCUAUACCUUUCAUCUUUCAACAAUUUGUUAGCUCCUAGAUUUCAUAUCCAGCUUUCCUUCUUUCUCUCUACUCGCCAUCUCCCAUAAACAAAUGCUGCUCUGAUUCUUUAGUUACCUCACACCUUCACCACUUUUUUUUAACAUUUCCAUUCACUUCUCUCGAUUCUUUUCCUACACGCUCUCUUCACUCUCUCAAUAAGGAUGGGAAGGGUUAAAUUGAAGAUAAAGAAAUUAGAGAGCAUAAGCAAUCGGCAUGUGACUUAUUCAAAGCGUAAAAGUGGAAUUUUAAAGAAAGCAAAGGAAUUAUCAAUACUGUGCGACAUAGACAUUCUCCUUCUCAUGUUUUCUCCUACAGGAAAGCCUACAUUACUACAAGGAGAGCGCAGUAAUAUUGAGGAGGUUGUUGCAAAAUUUGCUCAACUUAGCCCACAAGAAAGGGCCAAAAGGAAAAUGGAAAGUCUUGAAGCUUUAAAGAAAACCUUCAAGAAAUUGGAUCAUGACGUAAAAAUACAGGAUUUCUUAGGUUCAAGCAGCCAAACAGUGGAGGAAUUAUCUCAUCAAGUGAGGGUUUUACAAGCUCAGCUCACAGAAGUACAUCAGAGACUGAGCUAUUGGAAUAAUGUAGAGAAGAUCAACAAUUUAGAGCAUCUGAGGCAAAUGGAAGAGUCAAUACGAGAAUCAAUCAAUCGAGUCGGCCUGCAGAAGGAAAAUUUAGGGAAGCACCAACUCAUUUCACUUGAAUGUGCUAACCAGUUACAGGAAGGGAUGGCUUUACCCUUGAUGAUGGCAAGUCUACAAGAAUCUCAACCACUGUCUUGGCUUUUGAAUAAUGAUAAUCAUCAAUUGUUGUUACCAAAUGAACCAAAAUUUCUACCAUUCAGUGAUAAUACUAAUAGAGAAGUUGAGUGUUCCACUGACAUUUCACUUCCAAGCUAUUCAAAUUAUAUUGGGAGCAACAAACUUGAAGUUGAGCUCUCCCCAAGUGACUUUGGGUCAAGGAGGUGGUGCAAUGAACGAGCUAAAUGGAACUACAUAUUUAAAUGUACAACGUUGUGACCAAUUUACGUUCCCUCCACAAGAUAUUGAGGAAGCAAAGCAUUUACCUACAUUGAACAAUAAAU